AUGGUACCAGAGCAGAAAUAUGAGAAGGGCUCUUCUUUCCAAAAACAAGUUGAAGUUUAUAGACGGAGGAUCAAGAAACCUCAAAGAGAUGAUCCCCUUUCUUAUUCUUGGGAGAGGAGCAAUAUGAUGAUGCUAUCUUGGAUCAUAAAAACUCUUUCAUCUCAGAUAACAGAAAGUGUCAUAUACGUUGAAGAUGCUCAAGAACUAUGGAAAGAAUUCAGAGAAAGGUUUUCCAAGGGGGAUUAUUUUAAAUUUUCUGACUUACUUCAAGAAAUUCAUUCUAUUAAGCAGGGUGAAAGGAGUGUGAACCAGUAUUUUAUUGAUCUGAAGAUUUUGUGGGAGGAAUUGGAAUUUCUUAGACCCAUCCCAUGCUGUAGCUGCAAAAUCCCUUGCAGCUGUGAUUUGUCCAAGGUCUCACACAAAUACAGGGAGAUGAAACAUGUUAUCUGCUUCUUGAAGGGCUUAAAUGAAUCCUAUAAUAUUGUAAGAACACAUAUAUUAUUAAUGGAACCUCUACCUAGCAUCAAUCAUGUGUUUUCUCUCAUUAUUCAGCAACAAAGACAAGAGAAACAUGACUUUGGUCUCACCAAUCAAAAUGACGUCAAGGUUCUUGUAAGCACCAGUGAAAAACAGGGUCAAUGGAGGAAUAACCAGAAUUGGAAGACCCAUGGACGUGGAUCUGCCCCUCGGAAUCAAGGAAGAGGAAGAGGAAGAAAUCCCAAAUAUGGGAAGCAAUGUUCUUACUGCCACAAGAUAAAUCACAUUGUUGAUGAAUGUUAUUCUAAACAUGGAUAUCCACCAUGGUAUAAGAAGAAUGAUAAUAAUACUCAAAAUGACAUGGGACAAAAUGAAUGGGGUUCUGCAAAUGCUUGCUCUACCACCACUGUGACACAGACUGAUGAACAAAACAAUGUUAAUUAUAUUCAAGGCUCUUUCACUCUUGAACAGAUACAGAAAAUUCUGCAGAUGCUUGAAAAGGCUUACAGCUCUUCUCAUGUCAUCUGCCAAAUGCACAAAGAUACUACAAAAGACAGAAAAGGUAUAUUAUCUUGGAUUAUAGACACAGGGGCCACAGAUCAUGUGACCCAUGACAAGAAUCAAUUCAUGACAUUCAGUAAAAUCAAACCUAUAUCUGUUAAACUACCAAAUAAUUCAAUUGUAACAGCCCACUAUGCAGGAACUGCUAGGCCAUCCUGGGCACAAAACUGUUGA